GAGGGACUACAGUGCGAGGUCAAAAAGAAGAAGAAAGCUAAAGGCGGCCGGGCUGCUGCUCCCGUCACGAUGGGCGAUGCAACAACGGUACCAAAAGGCACCUCACCAACGCCGGUAUAACCGCCCUUCUAUUACGCGCCGAUUCUUUGCCUGACGCGGUCCGUCGUCUUGCAUGGACAUGGAUGCCGGUGACGUCACUGACGUGUCAGCACAGGUACAGCCUCCCGAAAGCGUUGUCAGCAAUCAGGGGUUCUGCCUAACCAACCAGAAAGUCGUCAGGUUGUCGUACCUGUGGACAAUCACAAAUUUCAAUCUGUGCCAUAAGCGUACCGGGCAGGCUCUGCUCAGUUCAACCUUCUCCGCGGGUGAGACCAAGCCCCUGACGUGGCACCUCAAGCUUUUCCCGAGGGGAUCGAGCGAAGAUUACGAGCACUUCGUGUCCCUGUUCCUCGUAUCCUGCAACACCAGGCAGGCCGCCGCUAGGGCGAGGUUCUGGGUCAUCGACGCCGGAGGAAACGAGGCCAUCCAGAAAGAGACCGACACGCGCCUCUUUCGGCGCAAGGGCGAGGGCUGGGGGUUCGGGAAAUUCGUCGGCAGGCUGGCGCUGAAGCAGGACAGCAGCAACCUUUUGCCCAACGACACGCUGACGUUGAAGUGCGAAGUGAUCGCCCUGGAGAGCAGCACCACCAGUGCGCCUGGGACGGGCAGCGGGAUGGCGUCCGCCGCGCUUCACGAGUGCCACCUCUCCGAGGACUUGGCAUGGCUCCUGGAGAGCAACAGCAACGCUGACGUCAUGCUGAGGGUUGGAAGGGAGACUUUCCCGGCUCACAGGGGCAUCCUGGCUGCCCGGUCGCCGGUGUUUCGGGCCAUGUUCGAGAACUCGUCGGCGGAGGGUGCGCUCCUCGAGGUGGCCAUCACGGACGUCGAACCUGAGGCGUUCGCCGCCCUCCUGCGGUUCGUCUACACGGGUGAAGUGCCGGAACCGGUCCCGAAGCCGGUCUCUCUUCUGAGGGCCGCCGACAGGUACAAACUGGACCAGCUCAAGGCGUCGUGCGAGCUGACUCUGGUCUCCGGCCUGAGCGUCGAGACGGCAGCAGACGCGCUCAUCCUGGCCCACCAGCACGAGGCCCUCGCGCUGCGCAAUCGGGCCCUCGACUUCGUGUGCUCGCACAUCGACGACGUGGUCGAGACGCCGGGGUGGGCGACCAUCUGCAAGAGUCACAUCGAGCUGCUGGAACAACUCUUGGUGACGCUCAUCAACGAGCGCGGAGAGCCGCCGUCGAAGCGGAGCAGGACCUCGUGAACGGGACUCGCGGAGGACUACUCUGCCCGAAAGAGUUCGCCCGUGCAGUGCAGAAGGUGAGGCGGUGCAUCACGGGACAACGAAUGGCCACGUACACUUCACCUGGCUUCUUAAGAACUUUACCCAUGCUUCACCCAAAAAGAAAGUGGUGACUGGCAUGACAGCAUAAACUUCGCGAAACAAAUUUUUGGAAGGCAUGCGUUUAGCGCAAGAAGCUUCCAUGGCCUUUGCAUUAGCAAAAUAAAAAUUCUCUCUUGCUCUGUC